AUGCUCUUUAUGAAAAAUACCACUAAAAUCACUUUGUUUUUUUCGAAACUCGUAGUAUCCGUGAAUAGUCCAACAUUUAAGUGGCUCGUCGAAGUAUGCGAGAUUUGCAGACAUGUUGAUCAGUUACUAGGCGACCAAAACGACCAACGAUAUUGGUCUGAAUUUGCAAUCAAUACUGUUACGCAAUGGCCACUUAUGAUUAUUGAACAAAGUCUUACUGGUAAAGCUUUCCUCCGUUUAACCGAAGAGAAACUUACUCGUAAAAAUGGUCUUUAUGAACUCAAAGCCAGUCCUGCAGAAGGGAUCAUGGAGUUAGUUGAGCAACUUAAAGAAAAGCAAGAACCCUCUCUUGCGUCUAUUGAAGUCGUAACUGCAUCAGAAUUCGAAAAAUUCCGUGAAAGCAAUAUGAAAGGAUUUAAAAAACUUCGCUCUGAUAUUGAUAUAGCCAAAGCAUGGAUUGUGACU